AUGACUUUCAUGUGGAGUCGUAUCUUUAACAAACCGCGGCUGUGCCUCUCGCCUCCUUCCUGCCGGCUGCUCCACGUCGGCCAGCGAGCCUCCCUCACCAAAGCGUUCUCCGCCCGCGACGUGCAGCUGUUCGCCGAGCUGACGGGCGACAACAACCCCCUCCACCUGGACCCGGUCUACGCCAGCACCACCUCCUUCGAGGCGCCCAUCGUCCACGGAGUCCUCAUCAACGGCCUGAUCUCGGCCGUGCUCGGCACCAGGAUGCCCGGCCGCGGCUGCGUCUUCCUGUACCAGGAGAUCCGCUUCCCGGCGCCGCUCUAUGUCGGCGAGGAGGUGCUGGCCGAAGCCGAGGUCCGCAAGAUCAAGAUGUCGUUCGCCUUCAUCGCCGUGACGUGCUCCGUCAUGGACAAGGUGGUGAUGGAGGGGGAGGUGAUGGUGAUGAUGCCCGAGAAGCAGCAGAAGAAGGAGUGAGAGGAGGAGGAGGUCAGAGGCCGGACGUGACAGGUGCAGUGAUUUAAAAAUGGCCGCCUCAGCACACAACCCUGCAGCUCAGCUUCUUCCCAGAUAUUUUGUAGUUUAUUGAUCAUGUACUUGAAUGCUGUAAACAGGAAGUGCAUCCGGGCAGAGACAGCAACCAGAGAGACUCUGAUGGUUUAUUUAGAUGUUUGAUUUGUCAGAUCUGCUCUGUAUUUUGUUUAAAGUGUAAAAAAUGUGUGUGUGGAAUAAAAUCUCUAAACGAUCUUUGAAUUUAUUUAAUCCAUUCCCCUCUU